AUCAAACAGUCUACGAUCGAAUACCCGCGUAUUUGUAUUAUAUUCUUUCCUACGCGCAUUUAAGAAUUUUAGCGUUUCGGGUACACGCCGUAUACCCGCGUAUACCCUCCACUACGCCAGUACACCACUGCCAAUACGGCUAUACGCAAAUAAGUGUUAUACCAAUUAAAGGUACUUCCACCUAAAAUACUUUUCACUUUUCCUUGUUCCUGCCCGACGUGGUUUUACACAACAAAUCGAGGGUUGUUUUCGAUUAAAAUUGGUCGAGUGAGCACAGCGAGCGAGUGGCCACCACGAGCCUUCAGUUCCACGUUUUUAAUUUUCCUUGCUGCUUACCCGACGUGAUUUUGUUGCACAAGACCGGUUAUCAUCUAUAAAUAAUUUGAAACAAUAUUUUUUUCUGCGUUGGUGUAACUACAUUUUUAAUUCAACUGUUGUUUCUUAACGUUGGCGUUCGUGCAGACUUAUAUGUUUACGUUUUUCUGAAAACUGAAAACAAAACUUUAUUCCAUAUUAGUUUGGACAAAUUCGCGCACGCGUAAUUGCCGCCGGAACGGUCGAACCGCUAUAACUGGCUGUCGGCCUCUCUCGUUUCUCGUUGCGAUCGGGCGGCCGAUCAUAGAUAUACAUAGUUAUAUACAUAUCAUAGUUAUACAUAGAACAAUUAAUACAUUAAUUACACAGAACUUGUUAAUAGGUUCGUAUGGGUACGUAUGGUAUACGCGGAGUGCGAAGUGUUUUGAUAAUACAGCUCAUUACGUAUGUUCGUUGUUUUUGGGAGGCUGGUCGACAACAGCAUUCACCGUCGGCAACGCACGUGCCCCACCUGCGCGAACAAUAACGCGUUUGCGUCGUAAUUUUCCCGAACUAAUAUGGAAUAAUAGAGUAUAUCCGCGUAAAACAAUGGUUUCUAUAUCUGUGGUACUACCCAAUACCCACAAAAGAAAUAUAAAUACUCAACUUCAAGACGGUUAUAAUACGGAAAGAGUUUAGAAUUUUUUUUGGUUUCAUAUUUUAUUACAAAAGGUAACGUUAAAUAAAAUUAAUACUCUUUUAAAAGUCAGCCAGGGUGUAAUAAGAAAAGGCAGCACAGACAACUUAAGAGAAUAAUAUGAAGUAGGUAUAAUUUUGUUGAGAAUCUUUAAAUUAUUAUAUAAUUAUUUGAUUUAUUGUUUUAGAUUUCCAUUUAUUGUAUAAUUUUAGACAUGUGAUUGGCAUGACAAAGCAGUCACACAGCCGCAACAAUUACUGGUAAAGGUGGGUUAAUUAUUAUUUCAGGUCAUAGCGCCAGUUCCACUUUAGCCUUCUUAAUGGAUUUUCUAGAAUAGAUUUGAAGUUAAAAGCAAAAAUUAGUUGGUUAGAGUGAUUGAAUGGUUUGUGCGAUGUAGACGGGUAUGGUAAAAUAAGUAAGUAAUUUUUGUUGAUUUUUGAACUGUAUGAAUUUCUAAGUCUGGAUGCAAGUUGUGAUUUGAAAUAGAAGGUCUGGUACAUGCAGUUAUUCGUAGUGAAGUUGAUUGGAAUGUUUAAAUUUUACAAUGACAAACGGUCCAGUUUGAAGAUCUAAAAUUAUAGGAACCAUAAAUGUCUACUUAAUUAUAGAUUAUUAUAUUUAAAAAUUCUAAUGUAAAAUUACUAACUAAUUGUUAAUACAAAAUAAUUAUAAAAAAAAUUGUAUUUUUUUUUAUUUUUUGAGGGGUAUUUUGCUAAUAUUUCCAUACUAAAUAUUUUAAUCCGAACCCUAGUUUUAUAACUAUAUCCUGUUUAAAAAAAAUUUCAUUUCCAACAUGUCUAUGUUAAGAAAUUACAUGUCUAAUAUGUCUAUGAUCUUGACCAAUGCUACCUGGUGGGGAUGCGGGCCACCGAAUGAAAACUGAUCACCAAAGUGGUAUGUUCUCUUUUGAAACAGGAUUUAGGGUCCAGAUUAACAUUAAGUAGUUAAUAACUUAAACUUAACUUUAUAUGAAUCACUAUAUUAAAUAUAUUACCUACAUCCUCCAAAUAUACUUGUAAUGUAAACUUUAGUUGAGCAUUUGUUUUAUUCUUAGGUAAACCAAAAAGAAAUGUUGAAUUCAAAUUCCUUACUAGUAUGGAGUGAUGUGGAUGAUAUGCAAACUAUUUAUCUUUCUUCUUUAAUUAUCAAUUCUUGGUAAAUUAGAACAUUUAUUUGUACAUAAAACUCUUUCAUUAUCUUGGUUUUCAUUAAAUACUAUUAGUUAUACUUUAUUGUAAACAGUGAAGAAACAAAUAACGAAACUAAUCAAAUUGAAGUAGACCAUUCCAUGAAAAUCCCACCUGAAUUGAUGGAAAAAAUUGUUUGUUAUCUAGAUGGAAUUACCUUGCUCAAAUUCAAAUUAUUAUCAAAAACAUGCUAUGAUAUUGUCAAAAAUGCGCUUAAGUACAAUAAACUUUGGAGACAAAUUUGUCUGAAUGAAAUACCAAAUAAAUAUUUUAUUGAUCUGUUGAAUAGGCAAUUCAAUAAAUAUAUUCCAUUAGAUUCCCUUUCAGAAAUUCAAUAUGAAAGGUUAUACAAACAUUGGCUUCAAUGGCAAAAAAGUGUUCUUAAUACAACACUUAUAGGAGAACAAAAUUUUUUAUGCCUUGAGGAAAUAAAACAAAUUAUUUGUUAUAAGUGUAACAUUUUAAUUAUAUUUUUAAAUCAUACAUGCUUGUUUUCACUUAUAAAAAAAGAGAAUACAACUGAUGAUUAUAUAAUUAAAGAAAACCAAUCAGUAUCCCGUAAUUUACUUAAACUAUUUAAGUUAAAUCCUCAACCACAAACAAACAAAAACGGCGAAGAACUUGAUCCAUUUAUUUCUUACCACCAAGAUAAUGUCAAUGCAUGCCCGUUACAUAACACAGUUCAUACAAUACAUAUUAGAAACGUGAGGGAUGUUUACACAGGCAAACUUAUCGAUGUAGAUGCUAACAUUUAUACAAAUUUAUGCUGUUGGGUCAGAGAAUCAUGGUAUGAAUGGCAUUCAAAUAUAAAGUCAAACAUCAAUGGACAUUGUUGUCAUCAAUUAAGUCGCACUUUAUUUACAUCUGUGGUGCAUGGAGUGAUCAUUGGUCGAAUUCAUCGGAAUAGCAUUAUAUUCCAUAACAUGUUUAAAGACUUGUGCAUGACAGUUCAUCUAUGGUUGGAUCAUAAAUAUAUUGCAGCUACUGCUGUAUAUAUAUAUACAAAUAUUUUAUUCAUAGGUACUCAAAAUGGGUACUUAUUGGCAUUUCGUUUGAAAUGUUGGGAUGAUUUAAUAAAUCUUAAAAAAGAGAAUAUGUUAUUAGAAACCCGUUUGAACAUUGGGCAGAUUGUAAGGUUAAAUAUCAUAGACUUUAAGAAUAUCCAAGCCAUAAUAGUUGCAACAACAGCAAGUGUUUUUUGGUUUAAAUUAAUUUAAUACAUAAGAUGUAUUCUUUAACUAUUUUGAUUUGUUUAAUAAAUUGUAAAAA